AUGCACCACGCCCUCAGUAUUGCUGGCCUUAGGGGGCGCCGGCGAGUCCUGGAGCAGCAGGAAGCAGAGGGGGCGCCAGGUGCAGGAGAGGCGGCCAUGGGGGCGCGCGGCGGGACCCUUCUGCUGCUGCUGCUGCUGCUGCUGCUGCUGCUGGUGGCGGUGCUGGUGUCGUGCGUGAGACCCGAGAACCCGCGACCCCAGGAAGAGAACCUGGCAUCGGGUCCCAGGAACACCACGGUGCUGUCAAGACAAUGUGGCUACCGAGGUCUUAUUCAGCCGCUGAUAGUGGGUGGAGCGGAGUCGGUGCCCGGGCGCUGGCCUUGGCAGGCCAGCCUGCUCUUGAUGAAGGUCCAUCACUGUGGAGGGAGCCUGCUCAACCGCCAGUGGGUGCUCACAGCCGCACACUGCUUCCGAAAGUCCCGUGAUCCACGUAAGUGGACUGUCCAGCUUGGGGAGCUGACUUCCAAGCCAACUCGCUGGAACCUGCAGGCCUACCACAACCGGUACAGGGUGGAGGACAUCAUCUCGAACCCCCUAGCCAGAGGGGUGCUGAGUGACAUCGCCCUGCUGAAGCUGGCCUCCUCUGUCACCUACAGCAGGAACAUCCAGCCUGUCUGUGUCCUGUCUUCCACCUUCAUGUUCCAGCACCGGCCGGACUGCUGGGUGACCGGCUGGGGGGCGCUCAGUGAGAAUAAGAAACCUUUGCCACCACCUUACCUCCUCCGGGAAGUGCAGGUCGCCAUCCUAAACACCACCAGGUGCAGGGACCUGUUCAGGAUACCCUCUCCACUCAGUGUAAUCAAUAACGACACGAUUUGCGCUGGUUCUGAGGAUGGCAGCGUAGACACCUGCAGUGGUGACUCAGGUGGACCCUUGGUCUGUGACCUGAAUGGACUAUGGUAUCAGAUUGGAGUCACAAGCUGGGGAGAGGGCUGUGGUCGACCCAACCGGCCUGGCAUCUACACCAACGUCAGUCAGCACUUCAACUGGAUCCAAAUGACGAUCCCCAGUGGCACUCCAAGGCCUGACCCCUCCCCACGGCUGCUAUUGCUUGCUCUGCCCUUGGCUCUCUGGCUCCUGAGGCCAGUCUGA